AUGAGCCUGGGCAAGGACGCUCUGUGGGCGGGGCUGAACGGGUGGAACAGCGCGAAGGAGAGGGAGCAGUGGGCGUGGCGAAAGCGCAGGGGGCGUGGCAGCGAGACGGGUCGGGACUGCGAGACGCGGCCGGGGCGGGCAGCGGAACGGAAUACCGUGGCGGGGCAGCAGGGUGUGACUUCUUUCGACCGCCCAGCAUCUCCUGGUCUGGCUUGGUUCAUCCCAGAAGUCCUCAACUUCCUCCUCAUAGACACAGAAGCCAUUUCUCUCUGCUCAUCAUCAUCUGAAAUGGUGUCCAUAACCAAGACCCAACUUUGCUUCUUCCGCAGCGAGGGAAACUCACCUGUGAAGGGCAACAUUGCAAAGCAGAAGCAGCAGAUGAAGCGGUUUCUAGAAGGCAAGGUGGACAUGAUCGGCACAUCUGGAGCUGCGAGGGAAUUAACAGAGAAAGUAGUUAUUAGCUUCUACUUCCUGCAGGGAAGAGGCAGGACCACGCGGAAAGCAGCAUCUGGGAGACGGGUGGGAAUCACACAUGGAUUGGCCUCUCGGACCGCUCACCCGAUUUACUGCGGCUUCCUCCUGACCUUGACACUGACCGAAGCGCUGGUGCUCCCCCGGAACUCCUCCCAAGCCCUGCCCGCGGCCACCAUGGUGACAGCCCCCCGCAGCUCCGCCAGACCCUCCGCCACGCCGCACCCCAGUCCUGACCGAGCCACCCAGACCCCAGCACCCCAUCCCGACGGGCGCCCGGCUGCCAGCACUGUCUCCCCGGCGGCGGCGGCGGUGGUGGUGGUGGGGACCCCCACCGCCCCCCGCGCUCAGAUCCCCCUGCCCACCACCCUGGCCACCGCACCCCGCGCCCUCCCAGAGGGCCGCCCCCCGGGAAAGGCCACCCCGGCCGCCCUGCCCACCAAGCCCGCGGGGGCCACGCGCAGGCCCCCCCGGCCCCCCGGCUCCACCCGGAGGGGGGCCGCCGGCUCCUCGCGCCCCCUGCCGCCCGGUGUCCACCCGGGGAGGAAGGACGGGCCGCGGGGACGGAACCAGAGCGCCACCCACCCGGGGCAGAAGCGACCCCUGGGGAAGAUCUUCCAGAUCUACAAAGGCAACUUCACCAGGCCCGUGGAGCCAGACCCCGCCUCGACCACCACCACCCCCACCCCCACCACCACGCUCACCCCCAGAACCCCGGCGUGGGGCUCCUCCUCCGCAUCACCACCCCACGCAGCGGCCGUGACCACCCCGGAGCCCGCAAGUACCUCGUGGGUGCCCCCCACCGCCCCCCUAGUGCCUGCCGAGGACAAGCCGGACCUGCGCAGAGAUGACCAGGGGGACGCGGCCACCUCCACCAGCCCGGCAGAGCCACCAGAUGCCACCGCCGCCGCCACCUCCGGUGUCCCCACCGGUCCCCAGCUCGCCCCAGUGCCUUCUCAGCGCCCCCACGGGGGCGUGCGGGACAGCCCCAGCCCCAGCGACUCUUCCCUUCCGGUCACCCCCGGCACCCACAGACACCCCUCUGCCAGCCCUGGGGUCCUCCCGGCAGCCCCCCAGCCCACCCAGGCUGCCUUCGACCACGCGAGCGUCGCAGCCCCUUCCCAGGGGAUUCCUCAGGGAGCAUCCGGGACCCCCCCGGCCCCGGCCGGGCCCCCCGGGGUCUCAGACAGGACUGUCCCUCCAGCCAGAGAUGGCGAUGCCGCUGCCGCCUCCCCAGUGGUGACCGACGGGGGGCACAGUCCCCCCACAGCGCUGUCCACAGCCACGGGGAAUUUCCUCAACCGCCUGGUCCCCGCGGGGACCUGGAAGCCCGGGCCGCCAGGGAACAGCUCCCACGUGGCCGAAGGGGACACCCCCCAGCACAGAGCCACCAUCUGCCUAAGCAAGAUGGACAUUGCCUGGGUGGUCCUGGCCCUCAGCGUUCCCAUCUCCUCGUGCUCCAUAUUGCUGACCGUGUGCUGCAUGAGGAGAAAGAAGAAAACCGCCAACCCCGAGAACAACCUGAGCUACUGGAACAACGCCAUCACCAUGGAUUACUUCAAUCGGCACGCCGUGGAGCUGCCCAGGGAGAUCCAAUCCUUGGAGACGUCAGAGGACCAGCUCUCGGAGCCCCGCUCCCCGGCCAACGGCGACUACAGAGACACUGGGAUGGUCCUUGUGAACCCCUUCUGUCAGGAAACGCUCUUUGUAGGGAACGAUCAAGUCUCCGAGAUCUAACUGCAACAGCCUUCGCUUUACCACUUCUUUAUUUUCGUCUCUAAAAAUUAUAAAUAUACAAAUAUAUAUAUUAUAAAUAUAACCUUUGUGUAAUCUUGACUUAACGAGAAAACAUUUUCAGCUUUUUUUCCCCUGAGAAUUGUCAACAUCUUUUUUAUAAGUGUGGUUUAAAAAAAAAAAACUUUACAGAAUGACCCAUGGCUUUAUAAAAUAAAGGCAUUUCUAAGCAAAGCAGUUGUAAUCGAUUGCGUCUCUUGGCGGGUGGGGUCCUAGGAGCUCAGAACAGGUGAGCGGAGAGGCUGGCACCCCCAUAUGCAUUGAACCCAAGCAGAUUCCACCCCCCCCUCGGGAGGUACGGCCCCCUCUUAAGGGUGAUUUAGCUUUGUUGCUCCAAAGAUGAUGGUGUUGUGUCCUCUGAGUAUUGGGUUUAGCCGGGCAAUCUUGAAGUAUAAAACUGGCACUUUUAGCAACGCUGCUGGCUCCUGCCUGUCAUCCUAGGUACUCAGGAGGCUGAGAUCUGAGGAUCGCAGUUCAAAGCCAGCCCCAGCAGAAAAGGCACUUGAGAUUCUUAUCUCUAAGGAAUCAGCAAUAACCAGGAAUGGUAGAAGACCAAUGGUUCUAUGUACAAAUGGCCGAGUGCUGGCCUUGAGCAAAAAAAAAAAGCUAAGGUC